AUGGAGGACUACAGUGAAGAGCUCCAGAAGAAGAUCUCCGGUCUCGGGCUGGGAUCUUCCAAGGACGAGGUUCGUGACGUUUGGAAGCGGAUUCUCGAAUACCACUUCCCCAAGCAGAGCGCUGAUUGCCUUCGUGAAGGAUUCAUACACAAGUACUUCAACUACGACAGCGACUUUCCGCACAUUGGCAUUGUCAAUCCUCGAGCCGCCGCAGCAGAAACACUCUUACCGGGUUCUAGAACGGAUUGGCAAGCUUUGGAAGAUGCGGUGAAAUUCGAACUUGUCGGAAUCAUGUCACUCAUCAAAGAGUGCAAGCCGAAUUUCUACGCGGCCAUUGUUGCAGGCCCAUUGGUACGCUUUUGCGGUGUGAACAAAAAGGGCGAAUUCUGGGAUUUUGGCUUUGACGACGAAGAGGGAGCGUGGAAUAUCCACCACGAUUACGAUGCGAUUCUCGAAGGGUUGUUGAAGAUUCGGGCCAAAAUUGACCCGGUGUGCUUUGUUCCCUUUGGCGUUUCGACAGUUUGCAUCAAGGAGGAAGCCUGUUGA